GCGGCGCCCCGCCCCGGGGUAAUUACAUACUGCGCAGUUGCAGCGGUCCAGACCGGGACAAAGGCCGACGGAGCCGCACGAGCUGCACUGCGUCCACCGGCCGGUUCAGUCGACAGAGCGGGUGGUCCAACAGUGUGUGGACGGUACUGAGCUCUGUCCACCGGAGCCGACCACGGCGGAGGCGGCGAAUAUCAGAUGGAGAUGACAGAUGUGCGUGAAGACCUGGCCGCCCUUCGCCGGGAGAUGGCCUCACUGAGCAAAGUGGUGGCCGGUGCGGUGGUCCGCCUGGAGCAGGCAGUUAUCGAAGAGCGGACCACUCGCCAGACCGUGGUGGAGGAGCUGCGGCAGGAGGUCCGCCGGCGAGUGGCGCCAUCCGGCCGUCCCCAGGGUAGAGCUAGAAAAAUGGCCAAUGACGUCAUAGUACAGACGGAGCCCCAAUCAUCGGCAGUCAGUGACGUCAUAGUACAGACGGAGCCCCAGCCAUCGGUCGCCAGUGUAUUUAAAACGCUUAGAGAGGCGCUCGGCCUUGUAACCAUGACGAGGCUCGACGCUCCGUCAGCCCUUGGCGAGGAUCAGCUGACGGCGCUCCUGCAGAGUCUUCCCCGCUUGGAGGAGCUGACCGUCAGGGUGCCGUCCUUCGGAACGGGGCGGUGGCUGCAGCUGCUGCCGCCGACCUUGAGGACGCUAUACGUUGCCGGGCCGGAGGUGACGAAGCCGAGGUGGCCGGGACAGUACGGGAGUGGUCUGUCGGUAUCUCUCCAGGGGGUGGCUGCCGACACCAUCAGUCACCUGGCCACGGAGCUGGGGUCACGGAUUACCCUACUAGUCACGGAUGCACAAGUUACUACUAUUCCAAGUCUACUUCGUGGUGCCAUCAUCAGGGUGGGCCCAAACACUAUUAUCCUUCCGGCCGGAGUCGGUGACAGCGAGCUGACGGAGCUGCGGAGCUCACGGGAGACUGUGGAGCGGCUGUCAGUCUCCGCCGCCGACCUCCCGCUACUGAGGGAGCAGCUGCCGGAGUGCCUCCAGCGCCUCAAUGUCAGAGGGCCGGAGGUGACGGAGCCGAGGUGGCCGGAACGGGACGAGGAUGAUGAUCUGUCAGUGUCGCUCCAGGGGGUGGCUGCCGAUCACCUGGCUGACCUGGGACGGACGGUCGGACGACUGGAGAUAUACGACUGUCCUGAUCACACGGCCGGCAGCCUGGAGCCCCUCACCAGGUGCCGUGGGCUGCAGGACCUAUCAGUCACCGCCGCCGACCUCCCGCUACUGAGGGGGCAGCUGCCGGAGGGCCUCAGGUGCCUCAAUGUCAGAGGGCCGGAGGUGACGGAGUCGAGGUGGCCGGAACGGUACGAGUAUGGUCUGUCAGUGUCGCUCCAGGGGGUGGCUGCCGACACCAUCAGUCACCUGGCUGACCUGGGACGGACGGUCAACCGACUGGAGAUAUACGACUGUCCUGAUCUCACGACCGGCAGCCUGGAGCCCCUCACCAGGUACCCUGAUCUGGGGCGUCUCACCCUGUCCGGCGGCGUCCCUGACACCGUGAGCCUGGAGCCCCUCACCAGGUGCACUAAGCUGCUCAGUCUCACCCUGUCCGGCAGCGUCCCUGACGCCGUGCUGGACAGUCUCAGCGGCUGGCCCGGGCUGUACAGGCUUACACUGGGGGACCUCCAGCGGCCGGCAGAGACGGCCUUCACAGCAGCAGCGUACACCAGACUGGUGAAGUCGUGUCGGCAGCUGCGGUUUCUGUUCCUUCACUGCACGGCAGACACCGGCCGGGCCGUGCUGACCGCCCUAAAGGAGGCGCACCUGCGGUACAGUGAUGGCUGGCCCCGUACCAUCCAUCUCUAUGUCCCCGAGGAGCUGUACGAUCAGCUGAAGAGACGGGAAGGCGGUCGGGUCGAAGUGAGGGAGUGGUACCGACCACUACCGACCGUGCAGUGAUGAGCUGACUGCAGAGAGGCCGAGCCAGUCGGCCGGGGCCGCCAGCUGACUGCUGCCGUGUGUGCUGCACCAGCCGGCACUGAGAGCGGCGCCGGUCAGCCGGCACACGGCCCCCGUGUCCGCUCUAGUGUAGUCAUGUAGUUGUAGUAGUAGUGUAGUGUAGUGAUGGAGUUUUAGUAGUAGUAGUGUAGAUGUAGUAGUAGCACACGGGUGUGAUGUAGUGGGUAAUUACCGGGUGGGUAUUGUGGGUAAUUGGAUGGAAGGAUGUGACCUGGUGGGUAAAUACCGGGCGGGUAUUGUGAGUAAUUGGACGGGAGAUGUGAUGUAGUGGGUAAUUACCGGGCGGGUAUUGUGAGUAAUUGGACAGUGAAAAGUGACGUGCUGGAGAGACUACCGAUCGUGGCAUUACGCUAUUCUGUAUGUAGAACACAUGUCUCUGACCGUCCGACUCGGUUCACCGCGCCUGGUCCCGGCGGCACGGCCGGCCUCGGUCACGUGACCGUCCCCCCGGUGCAGUCGGACGGCUCGGUCACGUGACCGCUCCCCCGGGUCUGGCUGCACCUCGGCUCGGCGGUGCUGAGCGCCGUGCUGAGCGUGUUGUGACACGUCCCACACGGACAGCUCUACUCGACUACUGGCUAGCUGCCGUCCGAGCUGGCAGUAUCCACGCGGUGCCAGUUCAGACGGCGGCCGGCCGCGCCGCGCCCGCCCGCUCCGGUCCCGGCCGGCGGCCGUCACCCGGCCCGGGGCGGUGACCGGUCCGUCAGCUGACCAUUGGUCCGUCAGCUGAUUUUGAUCCGUCAGCUGAUUGAUCCGUCAGCUGAUUGGUCCGUCAGCUGAUUGGUCCGUCAGCUGAUUAGUCCGUCAGCUGAUUGAUCAGUCAGCUGAUUGGUCAGUCAGCUGAUUGGUCCGUCAGCUGAUUGGUCCGUCAGCUGAUUGGUCAGUCAGCCGCCCCGCUCUCCACCGGCGGAGCCCGGCGCACGCCGAGACUCGAGACGUCAAACACAAUGUCUAUAGGUUUAGGCUGGGUUUAGGUUUAAUCGGAUGGUCCUGAUGUAGACCAUGUGUCUAUUCUACUCUGUGUCUGCUAAUAACACGACAUGAUUCGCUUGAGCUGUACCAUCUGUGGCCUUCAAUAAACCAAUGAGCAGUG